AUGGGGCACGGGAACUGCCUCAGCCUCAGCUUCCUCGGCUCCAGCCUGGGCCUUCUGUUCCUGCUCCUGCUCCUGCCAGAAAGGCCUUUGGACUCAGGCCUGGGGCAGACAGUCCUUCUUACUGGUUCCCCAGGGUGCUCAGGAGCUGAGGGCAGGCUGGCUCACAAGCUGUUUCGUGACCUGUUUGCCAACUACACAAGUGCCCUGCGACCUGUGGCAGACACAGACCAGACUUUGAAUGUGACCCUGGAGGUGACAUUGUCCCAGAUCAUUGACAUGGAUGAGCGCAAUCAGGUGCUGACCCUGUACCUGUGGAUCCGACAGGAGUGGACAGACACCUACCUGCGAUGGAACCCGGAUGCCUAUGGUGGCCUGGAUGUCAUCCACAUCCCCAGCAGCCUUGUGUGGCGGCCAGACAUUGUGCUCUAUAACAAGGCUGACGCGCAACCGCCGGUGUCUGCCAGCACCAACGUGGUUCUAAGGCACGACGGGUCAGUGCGCUGGGACGCGCCGGCCAUCACGCGCAGCUCCUGCCGGGUGGAUGUGUCGGCCUUCCCAUUCGACGCGCAGCGCUGCGGCCUGACGUUCGGCUCGUGGACUCACGGCGGGCACCAGCUGGACGUGCGGCCGCGCGGCGCCACCGCCAGCCUGGCCGACUUCGUGGACAACGUGGAGUGGCGCGUGCUGGGCAUGCCGGCACAGCGGCGCGUGCUCACCUACGGCUGCUGCUCGGAGCCCUACCCGGACGUGACCUUCACGCUUCUGCUGCGCCGCCGCGCCGCUGCCUACGUGUGCAACUUGCUGCUGCCCUGCGUGCUCAUCUCCCUACUCGCCCCACUCGCCUUCCACCUACCCGCCGACUCCGGGGAGAAGGUGUCUCUCGGCGUCACCGUGCUGCUGGCGCUCACCGUCUUCCAGCUGCUGCUGGCCGAGAGCAUGCCGCCGGCAGAGAGCGUACCGCUAAUCGGGAAGUACUAUAUGGCCACUAUGACCAUGGUCACAUUCUCCACGGCGCUCACCAUCCUCAUCAUGAAUCUGCAUUACUGUGGCUCCAGUGCCCACCCAGUGCCAGCUUGGGCUCGGACUCUCCUGCUGGGACACCUGGCACGAGGCCUGUGUGUGCAGGAACGGGGGGAGCCCUGUGGGCAAUUCAGGCCACCUGAGUCACCCCCCAGCCCCCAACCUCCUGAAGAAGGGGCUGGCCCCCUAGCAGGCCCUUGUCAUGAGCUUCAGUGUCUGUGCCACCAGGAAGCCCUACUGCACCAUGUAGCCACCAUUGCCAACACCUUUCGCAGCUACCGGGCUGCCCAGCGCCGCCAUGAGGACUGGAAACGCCUGGCCCGUGUGAUGGACCGCUUCUUCCUGGGCAUCUUCUUCUCCAUGGCCCUGGUCAUGAGCCUGCUGGUACUGGUGAAAGCCCUCUGAGGGUCCGCAGCUGGGACCCAGGGAUCUGCUGCAGCCACGGUACCUCCAUAAAGGGAUGGCAAAGGCCGUGGUGGGUGUUGGCCCUCAGAUCUUCCAGCUUUCCCCACUGUGCUUAAAAGCCUGAGACACCCCUUCUUUAAAAUUAGCACUAGCGACUUCACAAACCACAAGGGGACACUUGUUGGCUGCAUCCCCUAACCUCUGAGAUAUGUUCAGAGCUCUUUCACUCCCCUAACUCCUAAAGAAGUGGGACGAGAUCAAAGUACACUGUUGGAGGGACAGAACUGAACUUCCAUGCCGGGUUUUGGAGCUUUUAGUGGGGAGAGUGUAGGUUAUUAGAUAAGAAACAGAGCUGCUGCAUUUGCAGCUGCUGUUGCAGGGACCUGGUCUUGCCUAUCCCUGCCUGGGGGCUCAGGGAAGGUGACAGGUUCAUGGUCUAGUUUUCAGACCAAGAGACCCUACAGGGAUUUCGCACCAAAGCCUCAAGUCAUAAUAAAGUAAGUGCGUUCCUAGCAUCUCCUCAACAUCCUGUCUUAUCCUUGGGGCCCUGGUGGUGGCAGUUGGGGAUCUGGGUUUGGCUCUCUAGAGACAAGAGCCUCAGGACUCAUGGAUCAGAGGAGUUAGAUCUGCUGACAAGAAAGUGACUGGGAUUUGACUAAGACCUGGCAGAGGGCCAUCUCUCCUGUGUGUGACCCUUUGGAGUUAGGUACAGUCCACUCCAUUCCCACACAGUGACAUUCUGAGAGCUCAGGGACCAGCCAUUCACAAAGUAUUUGUCCCUUUCUGAUUUUCAUUCAUUUCCUGGCACCUCUGUAAAGCCCUGGACUCUGAUGGAUCAGACACAGGCUGUAGCCCUCAGAAAGCUCACAGACAGACAUGGGAGACAGACAUGGACACAUGGUAUAGGGAAGUAACCAAGGGCCUCUGGGAGCACAGAGGCAGGGCCUCUAACCCAGGGGGUGGGAGAGGUCAUAAAAGGUUUCCUGGAAGAGUGAAUAGGAGUUUGUUAGGUGGCAUGUGAGGCAUCUAAGUAACAGCAGCAAGUACCCUGACCAAGUGCUUUCCUCCCCAGUCAUCCCCCAAAGUAAUUGAAGUCUGUUCUACCUCCGUGUGACUUGCUGACAGUCCUGGAGUGCUCCUGCCUCUAUCCAAAGCCUCACUCCUAGAGCCCUGGAUAAGGCUUAGUCUCAACAUUCUCUCCUUUUUCUCUACCAGCAAGCCUGGCAGUUACCAGAGAACAUCCCAGAGUUCCCUGCAGAUGGGUUACGAGGGAUCUUGGCUAUGCUUAAAGCACACACAUGGCCAACGUCCUCAUGCUGGGCAGAGGCAGCAGGCAGGGUUGCUUAGUGUCUGCUGGAUCAGAGGAGGCCUGGACUCUCUGGAAAGGCCCCCACCACAAGGAACCAGAGCAGCAGCAGAAGGGACCAGACUCCAGAAAGGGUAUCCUGACCCAUGGCUGCAGGAAAAACAGAGGCAGAGAGAGAGAGAUGAAGUGAGGUACGUGAAAAAAGAUGAAGAAAGACAAACAGUGAGCUGGAGAUUGAUCCACAAAGUGUAAUGGGAGACAGAGACAAAGUACAAGAAUUUAGGGGGAUGGUGGACAGAGAUGAAGAGACCAGGGAUCUGCUGUAGCCACAACACCUCCAGAUGGAUGGCAAAGGCUAUGGUGGUUGUUGGCCCUCAGACCUUCCAGCUAGUCUCUCCCCACUGUGCCUAAAAGCACACCAUCUCUUCAAGAUCAGCACUACUGACUUCACAAACCACAAGGGAGCACCAGUCCACCUUCCAGAGGUCAUUAAAUCUAACUGUCUGCCUUCUAUUCACACAAGUGAGGUACUACAGGGUGGGAAAGAACAUGGGGUGGAGAUCUGGGUGGGAUCUAGUGAUGCUGAGAUUUGUUCCUCAGCCCAAAUCUUGGUGUGAGAGGCGCUGAGCAGACAGGGGCAAAAAUCCUAAACUUUUUCAGUGCCUGAAAUUACACCGUCAGGAUUCAAAGAAGAGGCCUGAGUUGGAGGCUGGAGACCUGGCUCUGCCCCUAACUGUGUCACCUUGGGCAAGUCACUUCUGUCUCUGAGCCUCAUUUUACAAUAUGAGGGUUAUACUCCCUGUGUUAGCAGAUUAUUGUGUGGUAAGGAUAAUAUGAGAUGGCGUCUAGGAUAGGGUGGGAACCAGCCGUGUGUGGCGGUUCAGAGUUUGUUUUAGAGCCAGGGUGUCUGGGUUCUACCCCUUACUAGCUGUGUAAUUUAGGGCUGGUUGUGCCACUUCUUUGUGUAGAACAAGGGUGAUGAUAGUGGUACCUACACCACUGGGUUGUGGUGAAGAUUAAUGAUGUGAUAUGCCUGGCACUCACAGUGUUACUGUGUCAUGGAGAAUGGUGGGAACCAAGAAGAGGCUGGGGCUCCUUCCUGCCCACUGUUCACAGAGCCUGAGGGAGGAAGAAGAGAUCCAAGGAGGGGGAGCCACAGUGGGCUUUGAUGUCUUCCCUGGGAAUGACCUGUUCCAGUAGAAUCUUCCAGUAAAACCUGUUCCCGCCUAGAACAAUGGGCAGAGCUCCUCACCUGGACCAGAACUGGCCCAGGUGAGCCCUGGCACAGCAGGUGUUCAAGGGAAGAGUCACAGCUGAAAGGGACCUGGGAAUCAUUUAGUCCAAUUUGCUUAUUAUACAGAUAGGGCUGGAGAGAGAUGAAGCCCAGAGGAGCCGUUGGUCACAGAGAAUUAGGGCAGAGACUAGACUAGAGCCCAGGUCUCUGGCACCCAAGGCUUGGCCUUGACCUCAGAAGGAGGGUCAGAGGGGAUCCUUGAGUGCAGUAACAGACACAGUGGGUUCUGCAGCUAGAGAAGAAGCCACAAGGGAGAAUUUUGUGGGGCCCAGCCCUUCCCCCUCUCACUUCAGUACAACUCAAAUCUCUCUGGAGCCCGAGCAGUGGCCAUCUCCUGUGAGGGAGGGGGCAGGCCCAGACUGGAGGGCAGAUGUAUUGGCUGCCUUCCACCACCACCCCCUACACACAUAUACAUCCAAGUGAGGGGCCCAACCCCAGGGCAGCCUGUCCAUUCACCCCCAGACUGAACCCAACAGGUGCCUGCAUCCCUUACCUGAAUUAUCCAAACGGCAGGGCCCAGACUUACACUGCUUAUCUAGAGGCAAGAAACAGCAAAGAAUCAAAAGCUCAAGGGCUGUCGGGACAGAAGGGACCACAGAGGCCUGGCAGUCCAACCCUGACUGGCCUGGAGAAAACUGGUGCACUUUUCCCUAUCUCUGCUCCCUUAUGGUAGGACCUCACUUUGCUAGGUUUCACUUCACCUGGGAACAGCUGGGUCAGAUGGGGGCUGCCUGUCAAAGCCGAGGUCCACUCUGGGGCACUCCUCCUGCUGGCAGGGCCUGUGACUUUGCCUCCCUGUCACACCCACUUCUCCCUCUCCUGCCUCCUUCCAGCCAAGGAGGGGCUAGUUUGUGUUCUUUGUAUGUUUUCUGCCAUUAACCCAUCCUUGCUCACGAUGCUAUCCAAAGUGAGAAGUGAAGCCACCCUGGACCUUCUCCCAUCUUAGAUGUGGUCCAAAGUUCUGGCCAAGAACCUGCUUCUAUUGAAAACAGCCUCACAAGCCCCUGGACAGCGCUCAGGUGGGAACAGCAGCCCACAAGCCCAUUCAGAGAUUAAGCACCUCCGCCAGCCCGGAUGGUUCCUCCUCCGACUAGGGCAUCCAAGACUUGCCUCACCACAGCCUGGGCUGGAGCUUAGGGACACAGCACCGACUGCUGUCUCUCCUACCACCCCAGACACUCUACAGCUCAUAAUUCCACUCAGUCUAAGAAAUGUACUCCUCUUGGAAACCACGGUUGGGGCUCUUACUCAUUUCCGGCAUCAGCAAUCUGCAUGUGGGGACUGGGACUAGAAUUUAAUUCCCUUUCAGCUUCCAGCUGGAGAAAAGCCAGACAGGUCUGGUUGCCCUCUCAAAUGGCUAAGGACCCCUGCCUUGGUCAGGAAACCCUCUUAAGCCUCCCAAGAAGCAAAGGCCUUGGAGGUAGGAACCCACAGAAUAUAAAGAGAGAAGGUGUGCCAUCAAGUGUGGCACAGCUUGGGGUGUGGGAAUGUUAGCUUCCAUACUUCCUGGGACAAGAAGCAAACUACCUAGGAAUGUUACUUCCCCCGUUGGGCGGACAGGUGGAGGAACCGGUGGACAUGACUGGGUCCUCCUCGGUAUUUGUUUUUUUAAUAUUUAUGCCUGUAUCCCCUGAAAACGUGGGGGUAGGGGCUUGGGUUUGCCAAAGGCCCUUGUGGACCGGGGAAGCCCACCUUCCGCACAUGCGCGGAUCACGUGUGCCCGCCUCACCUUUGAUGUACUCGCAGUUGUAUGUACUGCGCUUGCCCAAGGCCCGUAGAUAGAUGCGGGCGGGGCCCUGGGCGGGUCUGCUGGCAUUGACCACCUGGAAGGUCUCGAAGGGGGGGAUCAGCACCUCCUCCUCCCCAGGGAAGAAGGAGUAACCCUUGAUAGGGGCUCCGAGGCAGGUCCAGAUGCCGAACAAGGUGUCCUGACCAAAAUGCUGGGCCGCGGCAUUCUGCAGGGACGCAGAGGCAAAGCCCCCCAGCCUUACAGUAGCCCCGGGCCCUGCUGGCCGGAAGCGCAGCCCAGACACCCCUCGGAACACCUGGCGGCACUGGCCCCUGCCCAGCAGCUGCAGGGCCUCGGUCAGCAGGAAAUGCAGUGUCUUGAAGGAGAAGUGGCGGAGAUAGUAAUCCCGUGAGCGGCCCGCCUCCCGCACAGCUGCAUUGAACUCCUUGUGCAGGGGGCUGUUGGCUGUGUAGGCCAGGAGGGCCACCCCGUGCUCGUCGCGGAAGCCCGGGGUUGGCGGGGGCGGAAGGAUAGUGCUAAAGCCCCACUCUGGCCCCCAGGCCUGGCGCUCCUGCCAUUGGCUGCUUGCCAGCGCCCAUCCAUCGGCAUACACUUUGUUGGCCUGGAACUCCGUGCGGUUGAGAUCGGGAAGAGCGGCUGUCAUGGCCACUGCACAGCCAGCAUACUGGUCAUCGAAGGAGGCCAAGGCCAUGUCCAGGGGGGUUUCUUGAGAGAAAAGGUCUCGUCGUUUCAUGGGGUGGUUCUGGGCCUGCAGGGAAGGGAGCAUGGAGGACCAAGGAGAUUGGACC